GUUAUAAUAACGACUGCAAGUGCUGACCCCCUCUGGCCCGGGUGCGUUCUGGCUCAGAGCAGAACUUUUCCCUCAACAUGGCCAAUGCUCUUCAUGCCUCAACGGCUCUCUGCAUCCAUGGUAUCACCGUCGAUCUCAGCAAGUCGAAAACGAACGUGAAGUCUGCUGAAGUACGGAUCAACAAGCAUUCGCCAAUUGAACUCGAACGCGAAGCAAAAAAGAGUUUGCGAUGGACGUUUUCUCCACCCAUGGUACUUCUUCGAGGAGAUUCAUUCGUCUUGCGUAUGCAUUACAAGAAACAUUUCAGAACCAAGCACGAAGACGUUGCUUUCAACCUAGAUGAUAUGUCCCGCGCGUAUAAUGCAAGACAGGAAUACAUCAAGCUACAUGAAAAGUUCAGUAUCGUUGUCGACCUUGUCGGGAACACUUCAACUGAUGUUGAGCAUUCUGUCACUUCUGGUCAAAGCUCUGAGCCCACUACUUCUGGUCAAAGCCUUGAGCCCACUACUUCCGGAAUAUUUCAGCGCUGUCCUCGGUUCCGAAUACUGGUGAUAGGAAAGUCUGGUGUUGGCAAGUCAUCUCUGAUCAGCCAGGCAUUUGGAGUAGAAAAAGAGAUUGUUGCGCACAAUAAGCCAGGCGAGGCUCACAUCGACAAGGAACUCAUCUCAUCUCGGAACGAAAGGUUUGUUCUCCAUGAUAGCAAAGGCUUUGAACCAGGGGAGGAAGACAACCUCGAAAUAGUCCGAGAUUUCAUUGACCGUCGGAGAAAAAUGUCUUCGGAACAUCAGUUGCAUGCCGUUUGGCUUUGCUUUGAGAUACCCCGUGCAGGCGGACGUUUACUAGAGACGGGAACGGAAGAAUUCCUGAAAUCGAAAAAUAGCGGAUCGCUAGGAAAUGUUCCCGUUAUCGUCGUUCUCACUAAGUACGAUAUGCUAAUCGAACGCAUACAGCGAGCUCUAGGUGGAAGCUCGUUGAGCGACGAGGCCUACGAGGAACUCACCAAGAAAAACGUAGAAGCCGAGCUGCAGGAUACCUGCAUUGGACCUCUAGAGCGAUUUGCAGGGGCUAACAUUCCCCACGCUACGGUCUCUACCGACGAAGACUACGAAGGGACGCUCACCCACCUGAUCCAAAUAACUGAAAAGUGUGUCAGUCAGCACUCUGCAUCCGAGGCCUCGGCGACGGCCUCCAUCGCUCAGCACUUUGCGUCUGAGGCCGCGGUGAUGACCUCUAUCGCUCAGCGAGUGCAUCCUGGACUCAAAAUCAAGGCAUCAAUCGAAGUCGGCAAGAAAAGAUACUGGAAAGCGCUUACGUCGUGUCCAACAUUCAAGAACCGCAAAAUGUGGGAUUGUCUACAUGUGCUUCACACUGACAUUGUCAAUGUGUGGAACUUCCAUGACCCUCAUCAUUACUUGCACAGUCAAGAGUUCAGGGCGAUGAUGACGAACAUAGUCGACAAGAUAGAAGUUGGACCGACAGCUAAUCCCAAGAAGACCUUGGCUUUUGGGUUAUCCAUGGUGGGCACUAUCGCAGGCAUCGUCUCCGCCCUGGCGGGGCCUGCGGCUCCUAUCGUAGUACCAAUCGCAGCAGGUGCGGUACUCGCCAAAUGGGCUUAUGAUGUAUACCAGUUAUCCCACCCGGCGCUUCAGCGCUUCAUGGCGUACAUAAUUCACUUGACGCUUGUGUUGCAGACACUUUUUAUCGUGUCAGAAAGCCAGGAACUCACUCGUAGGGCCAUCAAGCUCGCGGUCGCUUCCUACCUCGCCUCCUCGAUGAGUGAAGAAGUUCUUACUUGGAUUCAAGAUUAUGAUAGGCAAUUGACCGUCCUGGAGCGCGCGGAUCGCGAUACCAUGAAUAAGAUCAUUGAAGUGAUGCAGAUGUACGAGAUCAAUGCGGCACAAAUAUCUGAACUUCGGGCAAAAGUUCCUCCUGUAGACUUGUUGUCGGACGAGCCAUGGUAAAUCGAGAAGUCGUAGCACUCGGUUGUUUCUUUCCUGGAUGGUUUUGCGCGUGGGCAGUGUCUGAGUACUGACGCGAUUGCAGACAGUGAUUACUUGUACUAUGUAACUGGAUUUAUGACGGAUCACAACACUGUAGCCUAUGAUACACUACUCUAUUAGUGUAAUGUACUUACUGCUAGACUUGAAGCUUGAAGCUUUGAAGCUUGACUCGAGUCGAAGAUUCUCUCUCGGGAUGGUUA